AUGGCCCGCAAUAGACAAGCGUGCGACUGUUGUUGCAUUCGUCGAGUAAAGUGUGAUCGUAAAAAACCAUGUAAAUGUUGUCUUCAACACAAUCUGCAAUGUACAUAUCUUCGACCUUUGAAGAAAAGAGGUCCAAAACCCGUCAAGGUGAGAAAUUUAAAGAAAGUAGAUGAUGUACAGGUAUUUAGUAAAAGUAGUAGUGGUGGCAUAAUGAAGGUUCCAAAGGCACUAAUUGAUCAGUGUCUGCGGCUCUAUAAUGAUAAGUUGUAUGUGAUCUGGCCUUUGCUGUGUUAUGAUGAUCUUUACGAACUUUUAGAGAAAAGAUAUGACGAAACCUGUGUGUAUUGGUUCCUGGUAUCUCUUUCUGCCGCCACGCUUAGCGAUUUGCAGACUGAAAUUGAGUCGGAAGGAGGGGUUACCUUUACUGGGAUACAGUUAUCCAGUUUCUGCAUGUCAUCACGCCAAGAAUUUGACGAUUUUAACGGUAGUGAUAUAUUCAAGAUUAUGACGUACUAUUGUCUAAACCGCUGCUACGCACAGAUGUCCAACUCAAGAACUUCGUAUCGGCUUUCUUGUGAAGCCGUGGGGCUCAUUAAGUUGGCGGGGUUCCAUCGCGAGGAAACUUUGAAACUUCUUCCUUUCGAUGAGCAGCAGCUUGGAAGGAAAGUUUAUUAUUUGCUUCUCUUAACGGAAAGAUACUUUUCUGUGUAUACGCAUUGCGCCACGAGCCUGGAUACCACGAUUGCUCCACCACAACCGGAGAACGUAACGGACCCCCGACUAUCUCUCGACAGCUUCUUGGAGAUGAUUAGGGUAUUUACUGUACCGGGAAAAUGCUUCUUUGAUGCUCUAGCUACCGACUCUGCUAAUGUAACCUGUACUGAAGACUCCCUUAAAAAGAUAUGGAGGGAACUUCAUACGGUGCCACUUGAGAUAGAACCAUGGUCUUACGGCUAUGUAGACAUAUCUUUUUCACGGCAUUGGAUUAGAACACUUGCUUGGAAGCUAGUGCUUCAAAUAAGCGGUAUGCGAAUCAGUUUCCUUUCAAAUAGCAAGAAUACGCAUAUUCCAGUAGAAAUUGCUAGAGACAUGUUAGAAGACACAUUUUUAAUCCCAAAAAAUCUUUAUGCAGUUCACGGUCCAGGGAUAUCAGUGAAAGCACUAGAAAUAGCCGACGCAUUGGUAGAUGUUGUGAAUCAGUACGAUCAAAAUGCAGAGUCGGAGGCUUGGAAUUUUUUGUUCGAUAUAUCCAAAUUUGUCUUCUCUCUUAAGCAUUGUGAUAGCACAUUAGUUGAUAAGUUUACGACAAAGUGUCAGUGUGCGCUUAUCACGCUUCCUCUUUCUAAUCCGCUUGAAUCGACAGAUGGUUCUAAAGAAGAUGUAGAUGCGCUUCCUUAA